CGAUAGGGACCGGUCAACGCUUCUUCAACUGUGACUGGCUCGGAGGGCAGGUUGUAUGCCUUCCUCCUCUCCUUGGAGACAAGUGCGGUUGCCGACAUGGUGAGUAGAAGGUGAGUAUGAACAUCCUUCCAUGGUGUCAUGAGGAUUUGGGCAUACCGGGGAGUGGGUUUCUUUACCCGUUUCCCUCUGCCCAAUUCUUCCUUCCUUUUUUCAGCUCCACCCAUUUGGGCUACAGCUCCAUUGUUUAGCCCUUGCUCCACUGAGUCUUCAUCAAGUUCCCGUCCGAUGAGAAUAGCGCCUUCCUCAAGUAGGCCUUCAAUUUCUGCUGCUGCCUUGUCAUUGCUUUUUGAAUUGAUCAGCUUCCACGGGUUGGUGUGGUCCGAGCUUGUAGCGUCGUCCACUUCUUCCUCUCCAUCAUGCCCAUGCUGAUUUUCUGCUUCAUCUUGGUCAGCACUCUCUCCAUGGAUCCCACCAGUUCUUUCCUUUUCCUGGUUGCGCUCCCUUUCAUCCUUUGGUUCCUUGGGUGGUGCUGGCUGCUCCGGGACCUCCCACACCCAAUCCACCCCUGCAGUUGGGUAGUCGUCGUAGUCUUCAUCUUCAGUGUAAUCAUUUGCUGCCCCAAUUCCUUCCGUGUCAUUCACAUCCAUCAUCUCCUCAACCGGAGAUGGUGCUGCUGCCGUCGGUUCCUUUGUUGCUCGUUUGUUCUCAGCUGCAGCCCCCGUCUUCAUUCCCUUCCACUCCAAGUAGGUGUCAAACUCGUAGAAGGUGACAUCUCUGGUUGCUGUCACCUUGCCUGUCUCCACAUCCCUUAUAAUCCAACCUUUGCUCUCUGGGCAGAUUCCCAAGUAGAUUCCCCACUUGGUUCGAGGUAGGAGCUUGUGGUCGGGUCCCGCCGGCUCCCGGUACUGCACCAUGCAGCCCCAUACACGUAAGAACUCCAGGUUUGGCUUGCGCUUGUAGAACGCCUCGUGGGGUGUGAUGUCGGCUACAAGUCCCUUAGUCGGUAGUCGAUUUUUCAGCCAACAUGCCAUGCCGAGUGCGUCACCCCAAUAGUGUAGAGGCAGUCCGCUAUCCGCCAGCAUGCUUCUUACGCUUUCCAGUAGAGAUCGGUUCACCCGCUCUGCUAUGCUGUUGUGUUGAGGAGUGUGCGGCACCGUUAGUUGCUGCCGAAUGCCCUUUGACUUCAAGUAGCUCUUGAACUUUUGAUUGAUGAACUCGCCACCAUUGUCCGUCCUUAGUACUUUUAGUUUCCUUCCGCUUUGCCUUUCCGCUUCAGCCUUCCAGUCGAGGAAGCUUGCGAACACUUCAGAUUUGUUCUUGAUCUCCGUCACCCAUGUAUGUCGUGUGCCAAGGUUGGUGAAGGUAACAAAGUACUUGCUGCCAUGUCGGGAAGCCACCCUCAUAGGCCCGCAAACGUCGGCAGCCACGAUGUCAAGUAUGUUGUAUGGCUCCCGAACCUCAUGCUUGGGGUGAGAAGUCUUGGUAGCCUUUCCUUCCACGCAGGAGGUGCAACUCAGCUCUUUUUCUGUAUCCUCUGUCACCUUCACUCCCACUGCCAUGUUUUUCUUAAUCAACUCAUUGAUGCGCGUAUGUCCAGCGUGCCCUAGCCUUCGGUGCAGCAGGUUGACGUCCACUGGUGUCACCGUUGCUGCCUUGGGAGAAGCUUGCUGCUGGAGUUCCUUGAUGGGCGUCUUCUCUAGCAUAGUACGAAGCUCGUCCCUUGCUGUCUUCCCUUCCUCCGGUUCAGCAAGGUAUGUAGAUCUUGCACCAUCUUUCUGCUUUUCAUGUAGCUUCAUCUCGUACAGCCCUUGCUUGCGUGCGCCUUCCGCUAGCACCUUCCAGUCAGGGCCGAACACCCAUAGGCGCCCCUUGUCACUGUAGGUCUUGCAUCCGCUGCUGUCCAGCUGUGAUUGACUGAGUAGAUUCAGAGUCAAUCGGUCCACCAGCAACACGCUGUCCAACUUUAACUCUCCAUAUGCCCCUUGUAACACCAUAUCUCCUUCCCCUUUCACUGGAAGCUGCCCUUCAUCUUCCAGCAGCACAUAUGGGACCGUAGAAGCUCUGAAAUCUUGCAGCCAACCUUCUUGAUUGGUCAUAUGUUGGGUACAUCCACUGUCCAUGUACCACUCCUGUCCCUUCAGCCCUGUUGCUAGCAGGCACGCUCCAGAAGCACGUGCAACAUUGGCCUUGUGUGCACCUCCAAGAAUCACGUCUUCAUUGCCGUUGUUCGCCUCUGCAACAUUGGCUUUCGCAGGUGAAUGAGGUUUGUACUGCUGCUGUCCACCCCUGUAGUUUUUGCUUGUAGGGUUGGAGUAGCAGUAUAUUGCCUUGUGGCCAUACUUGUGGCAAUAGUUGCACGUUCCAGCAAACCCGCUUCGCAGCCGUUGUUCAUCUCCACUUGCUCCUUCGCUGGUUCCUUGUCCGGUUGC